CAGGAGUCAGUUGGUGUAUACAAUGUUCCUGAGGCAACCAGGAACCUUACUCAAGACAAAGUGACCAGUACUGCCCCAUUGAUCAUUGAUUGUGCCGGGACCACUGCCCAGUGACCCUCUCUUCAUUCUUCCCCCUUCCUGCUCAGCCAGGCAGUGGGCACCAUGGCACAAACGGAUGUGCUCCUGACCAAGGAGCCAGCCCCACAGUCAAUACAGGCCUGUGAGCUGCCCCACAAACAGUAUGAUGUGGCCUGCAAUACUGGCGCCUACACAUCAUCCGGGCUGGCCACCGCCGGCUUCCGCACAGCCAAGUACCUGAUGGAUGAGUGGUUUCAGAACUGUUAUGCCCGCUACCACCAGGCCUUUGCAGACCGGGACCACUCUGAGCGGCAGCGGCAUGAGAGCAGGCAGCUGGCAGCGGAGACAGGGGCGCUGGCCCGGCGCACACAGCAGGACUCCACACGAAGGGUUGGGGAGCGCCUGGAGGACAUGCAUUGCUGGAAGUCAGAGCUGCAGCGAGAGAUAGAGGAGCUGUCUGCCGAAACUGACCUGAUGUUGGCCCAGAAACUGCGGCUAUCCCGCGCCUUGGAUGCCAUGGCUAUACCCUUCUCCAUUGCCACCGACAACCUACAGUGCCGAGAACGCCGCCAGCACCCAGACCUUGUGCGGGACUACGUGGAGGUGGAGCUCCUAAAGGAAGCUGAACUCAUCAGGAACAUCCAGGAGCUCCUGAAGAGGACUAUCUCGCAAGCCGUGGGCCAGAUACGGCUGAACAGGGAACACAAGGAGACCUGUGAGAUGGACUGGUCAGACAAAGUAGAGGUCUACAACAUCGACGACACCUGCACCCGCUACAACAACGAGAGCACCCAGGUGCAGUUCCACCCGCAUUCCAGCAAGUUCGAGGAGAGUGCCUCCACUCCCGAGACGUGGGCCAAGUUCACUCAGGACAACCUGCUUCGAGCCGAACGUGAGCGGCUCGCCUCGGCUAACCUGCGGAAGUUAAUUGACUGCAUCCUGCGGGAUACCGCCGAGGACCUGCGGCUGCAGUGCGAUGCAGUGAACAUGGCUUUCGAACGCCGCUGCGAAGAGCUGGACGACGCCUGCCACAAGCUGAAGUACCACCUGCAGAAGACGCUGAGGGAGAUCACGGACCAGGAGCACGAGGUGGCAGCCCUGAAGCAGGCCAUCAAGGACAAGGAGGCCCCUCUGCGUGUGGCCCAGACUCGCCUGUACCAGCGGUCACACAGGCCCAAUGUGGAGCUGUGCCGGGAUGCGGCACAGUUCAGGUUGCAGACUGAGGUGGAGGAGCUGUUCAUGUCCCUCAAGGCACUGAAGGAGAAGCUUCAGGACUCAGAGCAGGCGCUGCGGAACCUGGAGGACACACGCAUGAGCCUGGAGAAGGACAUCGCGGUCAAGACCAACAGCCUCUUCAUCGACCGCCAGAAGUGUAUGACCCACCGCAGCCGCUACCCCAGUGUCCUCCAGCUGGCUGGCUACCAGUGACUGGGGCUGGCACCUGGCCACACGGUCUCAUCCAAAUAAAGAGCGCCUUAGUUUUCCA